AUGAAAGGAUUCAUGCCUUUCAAUGGCAAUGUAAGUUUUAGGAAGCACGCUCCGGGUUGUUUGAAGCGUUGUUACUGUGUUACUUUGUCUUAUUCUCAUAAUUUUAUUAUCGAUCAGUGUCUUACUUUUCUCUCUCUCUCUUACUUUAAAGUUUCGUGGUGCUCCGCCGAGGUCGUGUGUCACGGAAAUGGCAAUUGUGCCGUGGUUGAUGGUGAACCAACAUGCUUCUGCUUUUCAAGCUGGGUUGGAUCAUUUUGUGAUAUUGAUAACCCAUGUUUGCCUGUAAACCCUUGUCAUAAUUCUGGAGUGUGCACAUACGAUGUUAAUGAAUCCCUUUCUAGUGCAUCCAUAUCUUGCAUAUGUGACCAGUCUUGGAUAGGCGACCGCUGUGAAAUUGCCGUAAAGUUUUGCUUGACCGGUUCUUGUAAUGGGAGAGGGGACUGUAGCGUGGUCAGCAAUGAAAUCGUAUGCGACUGUGAUCCCGGUAGUGUUGGACAGUUUUGCGGUAUCGUUCAUCCAUGCUGGAGCUCUAGUCCUUGUGAUAACGGAGGAACUUGCGACGCUGUCUCUGAGUUCUACACCUGUUUGUGCCUUGAGGGGUUCACAGGAGAUGAAUGCCAAACGGCACUUGGUUGUUUUGGUCCCGUGUGUUCCAAUGGAGGAACGUGCCAGGGUGAUCCAGAAACCGGGGACUUCAUCUCCUGCCAAUGUACGUCAGAAUACUAUGGAUCUCAGUGUGAAAAUGCUUAUCCUUGCACACUGGAACAGUGCUCCGGAAGAGGAAGUUGUACCAAUAUUCUGGAUACUACCCCUUACGACUACUCCUGCUAUUGUUCCACUUCUUUUAUUGGUCGUUCAUGCCAGUUCGGUUGGUAUAUCAUAAGCUGA